AUGGAGACCAGAUCACGAUUUAAGGUCUGGGCUGAUAAAGUCGCCGUUGAGUCUGAACCUGGCUUGACCAAGACCCAGCUUAUGCUUACGAACCAUGAUCUCAAACCUGUCGAGGUGGAGCGCCGACAAUGGGGCCCAUGGAACUUUGUUGGUUUCUGGAUCGCCGAUUCUUUCAACAUCAACACUUGGAUGAUUUCAUCGUCCAUGAUUGUCAAUGGUCUGUCAUGGUGGCAAGCCUGGCUCUGUGUCUGGAUCGGAUAUAGUAUCACUGGUAUCUUUGUGGCAAUCAAUGCUCGUUUCGGUGCCAUGUACCACAUUGGUUUCCCUGUUGCCAACAGAACCUCCUUUGGUAUCUGGGGUAGUUUGUGGCCUGUGCUGAACCGUGCUGCUAUGGCCUGUGUAUGGUAUGGAGUGCAGGCUUACAUUGGUGGUGAUUGUAUCUAUCUCAUGAUCCGCGCCAUCUGGAAGUCAUGGGCCAAUGUUCCCAACACUUUCAGCGAAGACUCGGGCACCGAUACCGCACACUUCGCUUCCUUCUUCAUCUUUUGGCUUGUAUCGCUUCCAGCACUCUGGUUCCCUGUCCACAAGGUCCGACAUCUCUUCACUGUCAAGGCAUAUGUUGUUCCCGUGGCUGGAAUUACCUUCCUGGCCUGGACCAUCUCGCGCGCCGGUGGUAUUGGCCCCAUUGUAAAGGCAGGUAACAAGGUCCACGGCAGCGACUUGGCCUGGGAAAUGGUCAAAGGCAUCAUGUCUUCUAUCUCCAACUUUGCGACACUCAUUGUCAAUGCCAGUGACUUUUCUCGAUUUGCGCAGAAGCCAAGAGACGCCCUCUGGCCCCAGAUGAUCACGAUCCCCUUUGGUUUCGCCAUCACUUCAUUCAUCGGCAUCAUGGUCUCGUCAGCUUCUUCCGUCCUGUACGAGGAGGCCAUCUGGAACCCCCUUGACCUUCUGGACAGAUUCAUCGACGAUGGAAGUUCGGGUGAGCGCUUUGGUGUUUUCUUCAUUGCUACAUCCUUCGCCCUCGCUCAGUUGGGCACGAACCUCGCGGCCAACUCCGUAAGUGCUGGCACUGACUUGACUGCUCUUCUUCCUCGCUGGCUCAAUAUUCGUCGUGGAAGCUACAUUUGCGCCAUCGUUGGCCUGUGUAUCUGUCCUUGGCAGCUUCUCAAGGAUAGCAACCAGUUUACAACCUACCUUUCAGCCUACAGUGUGUUCCUGAGCUCAAUCGCUGGUGUUAUGGUUUCUGAUUACUACAUCGUGCGCAAGGGCUACGUUGAUACCAAGGAACUCUAUGAUGCUCGAAAAGAAGGACCGUACUACUUCACAGGCGGUUUCAACUGGCGUGGCUAUGUUGCUUAUAUCGCCGGAAUUGUCAUCAACGUGGUCGGUUUCGCCGAUGCUGUCGGCGCCAAGAACGUUCCUCAGGGCGCGAUCUAUAUCUAUCAACUCAACUACUUCUGUGGUUUCAUCGUUUCAUCAAUGAUGUACUGGGCCCUAUGUAAAAUUUCACCAGUUCCGGCGACCAGCGAUCGAUGGAUGGAGGUUGGUGAUGAGAUCGAUGACAUCCGAGUCGCUUAUAACUCGAGAACUCCAUCAUAUGACGAAGAGAUUGCAAGGAGCGAGGCGCCAAAGGCAGCAGACGAGACGAAACAUUUUUGA